GGCCGGCUCAGCUUCGGCAGCCUCAUCAUCAUGGCGGAGCCGCGAGACAAGGCGCUGCAGGACUACCGCAAGAAGCUGCUGGAGCACAAGGAGAUCGACGGGCGCCUCAAGGAGCUAAGGGAGCAGCUGAAGGAGCUGACCAAGCAGUACGAAAAGUCUGAGAACGAUCUCAAAGCCCUGCAAAGCGUCGGCCAGAUCGUCGGCGAGGUUCUUAAACAGUUAACAGAAGAGAAGUUCAUCGUCAAAGCCACGAAUGGACCAAGAUACGUUGUUGGCUGUCGGCGUCAGCUCGAUAAGAGUAAGCUGAAGCCAGGGACGAGAGUCGCCCUGGACAUGACCACCCUGACUAUUAUGAGAUAUUUGCCACGGGAAGUGGACCCGUUGGUGUACAACAUGUCUCACGAAGAUCCCGGAGACGUCUCUUACUCAGAGAUCGGAGGGCUGUCGGAACAGAUCCGGGAACUGAGAGAGGUUAUCGAACUGCCUCUGACAAAUCCGGAACUGUUCCAGCGGGUGGGGAUCAUCCCACCCAAAGGCUGCUUGCUGUACGGCCCGCCAGGUACAGGGAAAACUCUCCUGGCCAGAGCUGUUGCCAGCCAGCUAGACUGCAAUUUCUUAAAGGUGGUGUCCAGUUCCAUCGUGGACAAGUACAUCGGGGAAAGCGCUCGGCUGAUCCGGGAGAUGUUCAACUAUGCCAGGGACCAUCAGCCGUGCAUCAUUUUCAUGGAUGAAAUCGAUGCCAUCGGUGGCCGUCGUUUUUCCGAGGGAACUUCAGCUGACAGAGAAAUCCAGAGAACUCUAAUGGAGUUGUUGAAUCAGAUGGACGGAUUUGACACUCUGCACAGAGUUAAGAUGAUAAUGGCUACCAACAGGCCCGAUACUCUGGAUCCGGCGUUGUUGCGUCCUGGAAGACUGGACAGGAAAAUUCAUAUUGACUUGCCAAACGAGCAGGCCAGAUUAGACAUACUGAAGAUUCACGCUGGGCCUAUAACGAAACAUGGCGAAAUAGAUUACGAAGCAAUUGUGAAGCUGUCUGAUGGUUUUAACGGCGCCGAUCUGAGAAAUGUCUGUACUGAAGCAGGGAUGUUUGCUAUCCGAGCAGACCACGACUUUGUGGUCCAGGAGGACUUCAUGAAGGCAGUGCGGAAAGUGGCGGAUUCCAAGAAGCUGGAGUCGAAGCUGGACUACAAGCCGGUGUAAACGUCACCGGGCGGCUGAUGGAAGGACGAUCUGCAUGGGGACGCUGGGGGCUUGACGGGUGACACGAGAAACAAACUUAUUCCCUUGAUUGUGUCUUUUUUUUUCCCUCUCAAGUGUCUGCGUUCACACCAGUAAGCUGCUUGGCGGUGCGCCUGCCAGGAGGGAGCGUGUUGCCGCGUUACAAAAAACUCAGAUCUGGAAACGCAGGCCUUUGACGCAAGCCCCACUUGAGCACAGAGUCAACUGUGUUCUCGUAUUGCGAGUUAUGCCAAACCGGUUUGCUUUGGCAGGUCGGAAAGAGGGCGCGUUUCUUAUUUUAUACCAUUUAAUACUUUUUCUUCCCCUCUCCCCUUAAAACAGUAAAAUAAAACUUGUUUAAACCCUCA